UGGGGCAUUGAGGAAGGAAAAGAGAGAGCGCGAGUCAAAAGAUAACGAUUACCUACAAAUGAGAAGAAAAGCAGGCCCUUCUUUGAACUUUUAGAACGACCAUCACAACAGCAACCCUGCCCCCUGACACCUUUUAAAAUUCUGGCCUCUCCUCCCUUCCCCUCCCCCUCUAUCCCGUCCAGUUGGCGCACAGUGACCAGUCUUUGGCCGGAAGGCGAGGGAUGAAUGUCGAUGCUGUCGGCCUGGCUCUCUUGGUGAGCGUGGCUUGAGCCCGGCUGGAUGUCUAGGAGACAGGCAGCGGAGGCAACAGCGGCAACAGCGUUUUCCUGCGCUCUGUUAUUUCACCAAACCUUGGGAAUACCGCCGGGCAGAGUAAACAUUACAACUGCUAAUCACUAGCUCUGAAAGAAAACAGCGCUUCACUUGGGGAUCUGGGCAAAAUCAGCCUUCCUGCCUCCGCCUCCCUCCCCCCCUCCGCUCCCUCGCUAGCUCGCUCAAGCCGGCGGCAGCUGAUUAGAGAGCAGGAACAUUCCCUGGCUGGCUCACUGCUCUCUCCCUCUUUGUUUCUUCCUCCUCUUCCUCCCCCUUCUUCACUCCCCUUCCCAGUUUCUCGCCCCUCUCGGGGUCUCUGCUCCCUGGGGGCGGGGGAGCGCCUUGCUCCAAGGCUGGAGCUGACGAGCCCUGUUCAGUCGCCUCCCCUCUGCCCGGCUUUCACCAGUGGGCAUUUCCACAGCGGCGGCGAGGGCUAGGAGCAGAAAGUUGUGGAGCUCCUGAGAAGAUGGGACUUUCUUCACCCUUCCCUCGGGCGCUCCUCACCCUGGCGCUGGCCCUUACGGUGCUGGCGUUCCCAGACGAGACCCUGGACAAAGUCCUCAAGUCCGAAGGCUACUGCAGCCGCAUCUUGCGCGCCCAAGGCACCCGCCGCGAGGGUUACAACGAGUUCAGCCUCCGGGUGGAAGGGGACCCAGAAUUUUAUAAGCCGGGCAACAGCUAUCGGGUGACUCUCUCUGCUGCUACUCCCUCCUACUUCAGAGGUUUCACCUUGAUUGCUCUCAAAGAGAACAAAGAGGGAGAUAAAGAGGAAGACCAUGCUGGGACUUUCCAGAUUAUAGAUGAAGAAGAAACACAAUUCAUGAGUAACUGCCCUGUGGCUGUCACAGAAAGCACGCCACGGAGGAGGACACGAAUUCAGGUUUUCUGGACCGCUCCACCUGCUGGUACAGGCUGUGUGAUUCUAAAGGCCAGCAUUGUGCAGAAGCGCAUAAUUUACUUUCAAGAUGAGGGUUCUCUUACCAAGAAACUCUGUGAACAAGAUUCAACAUUCGAUGGAGUGACUGAUAGACCGAUCUUAGACUGCUGUGCAUGUGGAACUGCUAAAUACAGGCUCACAUUUUAUGGAAAUUGGUCAGAAAAGACUCACCCAAAGGAUUAUCCACGACGGGCCAACCAUUGGUCAGCAAUUAUUGGUGGAUCACAUUCCAAGAACUACGUGCUGUGGGAAUAUGGAGGUUAUGCUAGUGAGGGAGUUAAGCAAGUUGCAGAAUUGGGGUCUCCAGUCAAAAUGGAAGAAGAAAUUCGGCAGCAGAGUGAUGAGGUUCUCACCGUCAUUAAAGCCAAAGCACAGUGGCCAGCCUGGCAGCCUCUCAAUGUGAGAGCAGCACCCUCGGCUGAAUUCUCUGUGGAUAGGACUCGACACUUAAUGUCCUUCCUGACCAUGCUUGGUCCCAGCCCAGACUGGAACGUUGGCUUGUCUGCAGAGGAUCUCUGCACCAAGGAAUGUGGCUGGGUUCAGAAGGUGGUCCAAGACCUAAUUCCAUGGGAUGCUGGCACCGACAGUGGGGUAACCUAUGAGUCACCCAAUAAACCAACAAUUCCGCAAGAGAAAAUCCGACCUCUGACAAGUCUAGAUCAUCCUCAGAGUCCUUUCUAUGAUCCUGAGGGAGGUUCCAUCACUCAGGUAGCAAGAGUUGUCAUCGAGAGAAUUGCACGAAAGGGGGAACAAUGCAACAUCGUGCCUGAUAAUAUCGAUGAUAUUGUGGCUGAUUUGGCUCCAGAAGAGAAAGAUGAAGAUGACACCCCUGAAACCUGUAUUUAUUCCAAUUGGUCCCCGUGGUCAGCCUGCAGUUCAUCCACAUGUGACAAAGGCAAGAGGAUGCGCCAGCGGAUGCUGAAAGCUCAACUGGACCUCAGCGUCCCGUGCCCAGACACACAAGACUUCCAGCCUUGCAUGGGUCCUGGAUGUAGUGACGAAGAUGGCUCCACCUGCACUAUGUCAGAGUGGAUCACCUGGUCACCAUGUAGCAUCUCCUGUGGCAUAGGGAUGCGCUCCCGGGAGAGAUACGUGAAACAGUUCCCUGAGGAUGGGUCUAUAUGCAAUGUACCCACAGAAGAAACGGAGAAGUGUACUGUCAAUGAGGAGUGCUCUCCCAGCAGCUGCCUGACAACUGAGUGGGGAGAAUGGGAUGAAUGCAGUGCCACUUGUGGGAUGGGCAUGAGGAAGCGACAUCGGAUGAUCAAGAUGAGCCCAGCAGAUGGUUCCAUGUGCAAGGCAGAAACCAGCGAGGUGGAGAAGUGCAUGAUGCCAGAGUGUCAUACCAUCCCUUGCUUGCUGUCUGCAUGGUCCGAAUGGAGUGACUGCAGUGUGACCUGCGGAAAGGGAAUGAGAACCCGCCAGAGGAUGUUGAAAUCUCUUGCUGAACUUGGAGACUGUAAUGAAGAGCUGGAGCAGCUGGAGAAGUGCAUGCUGCCAGAGUGCCCUAUUGACUGUGAGCUCACUGAAUGGUCCCAGUGGUCUGAAUGUAAUAAGUCAUGUGGGAAAGGCCAUAUGAUUAGGACCCGGAUGAUUAAAAUGGAGCCUCAAUUUGGAGGAGCUCUCUGUCCAGAAACCGUGCAACGAAAAAAAUGUCGAAUCAGGAAAUGCUUGCGAAACCCAUUGAUCCAGAAAAUGCGCUGGAGAGAGGUCCGUGAAAACAGGAGAAGUGAACCCCUCAAAGAAGAGUCUGAUGGUGAGCAAUACCCAGGCUGUAGGAUGCGUCCAUGGACUGCUUGGUCAGAAUGCACCAAACUUUGCGGGGGUGGGAUUCAGGAGCGCUACAUGACCGUAAAGAAGAGAUUUAAAAGCUCCCAGUUUACUAGCUGCAAAGACAAGAAGGAGAUAAGAGCAUGCAACGUUCAUCCUUGUUAGCAAAAUGCUAGCCUAAGAAGUGACACACUCUGGGCUCAAUGGAAAGUUGGUUCGGGUUUGGAUUUGUUUUUAAAGAAAUGCAAAUUGUGUAUAUUAGUUUUCAUUUUUGCAGUAUGGUUUGCUUACUAGGCUUGCUGGUGCAGGCAAUGAGUACCUUUUACAAAUACUUCCUCACAGAUGUAUGCUGAGCCUGACUUCCCAGAGCUCCAGCUAGCCCUUUAGUACAGAAAAAAAAUCCUAGUGGGUCAUUGUGAGUCACUGAAUACUAAAACAGACCGAUUCCAUGACUAUACAGGAGAAGUAGACCAAUAUUCUAGGAGAUAAACAGGCAGAAAGAGGAAGUGCAAAGAUAAGAAAGACUGAGGUAAGGCAACUUGUUUCACAUGGAGAAGCAUCUGCGUAUUUGAACAAGAGUUAAUGCUGCCCAAGAGUCUGGAAGGGCCAAAAGUCAUUCUCUGCCACACCAAAGGGACAACUCUCCUUUUCUUCCUUGGCAUAAACCAAUCUUCUUCAGGACCAUGGUCCAUUUCUUAUAUUUUUGUUAUUAAAUUUUUCAUUGGGCAUCCUUAAUAUAGCAGGACUCACUUGGGAACACUAACACUUCCAUUGGAUUGAUUUAUUUUCUUUUUGAUUAAGAAAUAAUGAACAUGUUUAUUUUUAUUAUAUUAAGCUCAAAAUACAAGAUUUAUUAAACACACAGCAUUUGGAGUGAGGGGCAGGUGCAAAGAUAAAAAAUAUUAUAUUAUCUGCUCUCCUGGAUCUUACAAUUUUUAAUAGAGAAGAUGAGAUAUUAUUGGUCACUGGGUAUUAAAAAAAAAGAUUGAAAAAAAAUAAACAGCCAUUUCUAACCAGUGUUUGAAAUAGAAUUCCUAAAGUUAUUUCUUUUAGAAGCCAACCUUUAAUCUUUUUCUUUUUUUGAUAUGGGAAAUAAGCAUUCCUGAACUAUUUUCAUGACAUUAGGACUGUGGAGGCUGCCCUGGGCCCUCUCAUCCCUCAGGAUGUCAAUCAUUUACUCAAGAUGUCUUCCCACUUUAUCAUUUUUAAAGACAUUCAUUUUUGAACAUUUUUAAAAUAAGAAAAUAAUUUUCAUUUAAUUUUUUUCAUUAAACUGUUUCCUGAAUUUUUCUGAAGACAUCUUUGUACUUUAAAAUAUCUCCUAAUUUAAAAAGCAUAUUGUGGUGACUCAGGCUGUCAGAGAUCACAGAUACUUUCCAGAAAAAAAUGGAUCUGAGUUGAGGGGAAGACCUAGUCUACUUCCAAAUUUUAUCUCUAAGUGGAGUUGUCAUGAAAGCCUGCAGUGAUUAUGGGCUUUGGUCCUGGGACCCAGAAAUAUACAUAGGGGCAGUAACCUAAGUGCAAUAGGGAGUUCUCCCUAGUGUCCCCAAACUCCACUGUGCAUUACAAAUUACUUUGCAAAUCCUGACCCCCUUUUCUUGGAAGAUUACUAUGUGGCUCCAGGGAUCCACCUCUUCUGAUUCCAUCCCAGACUGUUCUUCCUUAAAGGCCUUGGUGUGAAGAACCAAUAUCUCACCAGGGCUGAUUCUGUCUAUUUGUUCCUCAAAUUCCAGGUUAACUUUCAUCCCAGGGCUUUUAUUAUUCUUCACUCCAAAUAUUUACAUGGGGUCUGUAUGAAAUAUGUACAGUUCUUUGAAUGUCUGAAAUUCUUUGAAUAUUCAUUCUUAGUGAAGAAUUUCAAUUAAACUUGUCAGGACAGUUUCAAAUAUGAUAUCCAGAAGCUCUGUAUGUGAAUAUAUACAUUAUUUUCUUUAACAUAGAAGACUGUUCAAUAAAGAUGUCAUUGUGGUUGCCUGGCA